UAAGAAAGAAACAAAAAUACACCAAAACCAAUCGUUUUCUCCUCAUCUCGUCUCGUCUCCUUUACACAAAAGAGAUAUCAAACCCAAAGUACUAAAGAAGAAGCUUCCUUCUCUUCCUCCGCCUCUGUCUCCCUCCGUGUGUUGGUUGCCCAGGCCGCGUUCAAUUCAUCAACGCCGGCCUUCCUCGCCUGUGAAUUCCUGUUGAUCUUUUCUUUUCUUUAAUAACAACAGUUCAGUUGAUCGAUCGACAUCUUUCCGGUCCGAUUCGCGAUUAACCCACCACCCACCUAGUACUCAUGGCUGCCACCGGGAACAAGAACAUCAACGCUAAAUUGGUUCUCCUUGGCGACCCUGGUGCUGGAAAAUCUAGUCUUGUUCUGCGAUUUGUCAAAGGGCAGUUUGUUGAGUUUCAGGAAUCAACAAUCGGUGCUGCCUUCUUUUCACAAACACUGGCUGUGAAUGAUGCUACUGUGAAGUUUGAGAUAUGGGACACAGCAGGUCAAGAGAGAUACCACAGCCUUGCACCCAUGUACUAUCGGGGAGCUGCAGCAGCAAUCAUUGUGUAUGACAUUACAAAUCAGGCCUCCUUUGAUAGGGCAAAGAAAUGGGUACAAGAACUGCAAGCACAAGGUAAUCCAAAUAUGGUUAUGGCUCUGGCUGGGAACAAGGCUGAUUUGCUUGAUGAUAGGAAGGUGGCAGGGUUCGGAUUGCAGGAGGCACAAGUCUAUGCCCAGGAGAAUGGCCUUUUCUUUAUGGAAACCUCAGCAAAAACUGCAACUAAUGUCAAUGACAUUUUCUAUGAAAUAGCUAAAAGACUACCGCGAGUUCAGCCAGCACAGAACCCCUCUGGGAUGGUUCUCACGGAUAGACCCGCGGAAAGGGCAGCAAGCGCCACUUGCUGUUCUUAAAAAGCUGGUGUUUCUCCAAUAGCUACCUUCUGAGUAGCUCAUCUUGUGCAUGUGAAUGCCGAAUGGUAAUGUAAUCCCGAUGAUUGGUUGGUCGGUUGGAUGGCGAGUGCUAAGAUUUGUACAUGAAUGCUUGAUUUGCAGACUCGGUGAAAGAAUGGAAUCAGACUGAUUCUGGUGUGGCUUCCUCUGUGUAGUGUCAUUAUAAUUUCUCUUGUUUUUGUUAUAUAUAUAUAUAUGCAGUAGCCUCGUUGUGAUUACAGCAGGAAGUAGUACUGACGCGGGUUCUGAAUCGCAGACAUGCUCAAGAUCGAGAUCUACCAAAUGCUUUAAGAAAGAGGAAUAAGGAUUCGAGUCAGAAAUGGAAAGGGAAGUGAUUCGAAAAGAGGAAAACUCCAAAUUUAUUUCCCCUCUCGCAGUUGCAGUUCCCAGUUCCCACCCAACCCAAGCGACAAAAGUACUGUCGAACAGCUCAUCUUUGUGAGCCCACGAUCAGACUAUGAAGUAAUUCAUUAGAAUGCGAACAAAAAGGAAAAGCAGCGAAUCCAGCAGAAAAAAAAAAAAGAGAGAGAAGAAAGAAGCAAAAUCUUUAUUGGGUAACAGAAAGAAACUGCCAAUCCUUCCAAGCAACCUCACGGCACUUUUCAUUUCCGGCCACCAAGCCCGCGAGGUCGAGGAGCAGCAGCGGAAGCACAAUCCAUUCCCCGGAAGCCGAUCCUCUGGUUCCCCAAAUCAUAAACCACCUCCAGAUUCUGCUGCUGGAAGCUCCCAAACACCCCCGCCGGCCCUUCCUCCCCUUCCUCCUCCAUGCUCUGCAUCAGCAUGCACUUGACCACCGUCCCGUUGCUGGCCGCCGCCAUAGCGUAGAACAGACUCUCCUCCCCCAGCACCACGCUCACAUUGUUGAGAAAACGAAACGUCACCACGGGAAACCCCACCGCCACCGACGGGACUCUGUAGCAGAGGUCGAAGCCCGUCUUGGUCUCCACGUCGGCAGCUCUGGGGUAGACGAUCGCGGACCGGAGCGUGGACAGGAGAUCCGAAUAGUAGGGCUCGGGAAGGUGAGUGUACGUGGUACCGGAGUCCAUCAACAUCCCACCGUUCCCUUGGGAGUCGAACUCCCUCAAACUCGUGGGAGUCUCGGCCGUGGUGGUGGUCCCGACGACGGUGAGGGCCUCUAGGCCGACGUAGUAGUAGUUAGGGUAGAGGGGGGAGGUGAGCAUGGGAGUGAAGUGCAUCCCUUCCCGGUAGGAAAGGGAUGCUUCCCCGACAAGCAACAGGCUG